AUGGCUCCGGAGUCAAGAGCAAGAAAGAAAAGAAACAUAGCUCCGGCAGAGGUAAUGGACUUCAAAUCAUUCCGCUCGCUCGGUAAACGACCAAUCCCCGAUGUCAUCAAUCUCUUCGAUGAAGAAGACGAAGGCAUUAAUAUCUUCAACUUCACUCCGAAAAAUAACUCAUAUACAAAGCCUAAAACAAACAACUUAGAAAAAGGAGAGUCUUCAAAUUCAAGUAUCACUCCAUUCGUUUGCGAAAUCUGCACGGACACGAAAACAAUGAAGGAUGCUUUCUACAUCAGCGGUUGCUCCCACGCUUAUUGCUCCGAUUGUGUGGUAAAAUACAUCAAUUCCAAACUUGAAGAUAACAUUGUCAAUAUUCAGUGUCCUGUACUAGAUUGCGAAGGUUUGUUGGAUCCACAGUUUUGCCGUCCCAUUCUUUCAGACGAGGUUUAUGAUCGGUGGGGUCUGCUGUUCUGUGAGGCUUUGUUCAAAGUUUCGAAAAAGUUCUACUGCCCCUUCGCAGACUGUUCUGCUCUUUUGAUCAACGACAGAAGGAACCCUGUUAAAAAUUCAGAAUGUCCUAAUUGUAAUAGGAUGUUUUAUGCACAAUGUAUGGCUCCACAGCAUGAUGUUUGUGCACGAUGUAAGGUUCCACGGCAACAAGGAAUUGAAUGCAGUGAGUUCGAGAAGCUGAAUGUGGACCGGAGGAAGAAAGAAGACGAUAUGUUCAUGUGCUUUGCUAAGGAUACAGAAUGGAGGCAAUGUCCAAAAUGCAGAAUUUAUGUUGCCAAAUCGGAGGGCUCCAUCGACAUGACAUGCAGGUUGUCUUUUCUAUUCAAUAUUCUCUUGGUUAUAUCCUUAUUUUUUGAAUAA